CCACAGAGGAGUCCCCUCAGCAUCCCUACUGAGAAGCACGCCUUGCCACAGUCCUAGGAGGGCUUGGGGGCUUUGCUUAUUAGGACACAGCGAUAGUAACUGAUGAGUCAGCUCAAGAAAUCCCAAAAUUGUAACAUAUAGAAUGAUUGACUACUUGGUUUUUUAAAGCAUAAAUAUUUGAAGAUAAAAAACUUUGUUCUGCAAAGUAUCAUUCCUAUCAGAAGAGUACCAGAAGAGACAUAAGCAGACCUAACCAUGUGACUGAGAAUAAUGUUUUGUUAGAUGUGCUCUCCAUUUGUGACUGAUAAUUGCCAGGGUACCCCUGAAGGAUCCCUUGCAAGAUCCUGUUGCUGAAAAAGGCCAUAUCACAGGAAUGGAAUUGCUUUACUCUUUCCUUCUCUGGCCAGCCAAGAAAAAUCUCCUGACAUCUUGGAUCAUUGAUUUUUCACCAGGGAUACUGCCCCCUACCCGCUUAUAUGGUCUUUCAAAGCCAGUGGUGAUGGAACCAUUGAAUGGACCUGAUGGACAGCAGGAUCAACACAGCAAGACAGAAGAACCCAGGAAGGGUACUGAAGGGACUCUACAGCAUAGCUGGGUGGCCUGGUGGAAUGGAAUAACCACAGGAGGAAUCCUGUAUCUGUUUGCCUUAUCACAAAUAUUGGUUUUCUUCUUUAUGUUUUGGUAUGGUGGCUCUGAGACAAUCUCAGCAGUUGUCAAUGCUUUGGAUGUGUUGCCCAACCUGCUCACUCCAUUUGGUCAGUCGAUUGCAGAUUCUAGCAAGGAUCUGAUCAGAGAUGGGGGCCUCACAAUGUCCUAUUUCCUGCUAUCUUUGGUUUCCCUUGGCUUGCUACUCAUAGGAACAUUGGUCUGGUAUCUUGUGAAGCCACCUCCAGAUCCCCCAUUUCCCCUCCAAGAGGAUAGGCGGCAAUCAGUAAGCCGCCAGCCUUCAUUUACCUACUCUGAAUGGACAGAGGACAAAAAUGAGGAUGAUUUCCUUGAUUUGGACCCAGUGCCAGAAACACCUGUUUUUGACUGUGUGAUGGACAUGAAAGCAGAGACGGAUCCAGCAACUCUAACUGUUAAAUCUGUGGGACUGCAAGAAAGGAGGGGUUCCAAUGUUUCACUCACACUGGACAUGUGCACUCCAGGGUGUACUGAGCAAGGCUUUGGCUAUAUGAUGUCUCCAAGGGAGCAGUCAGCUCGAGAAUACCUCCAGGCAGCAUCAAAUGUUCUCACUGAGGAGGAAUUGCACCAGAAAGCAUUAGAUUCUUUUGUACUCCAGACAGAAUUUUUUGAAAUUCCAAUGAAUUUUGUUGAUCCAAAGGAAUACGAUAUUCCUGGUUUGGUCCGAAAGAAUCGCUACAAAACAAUUCUCCCAAAUCCUCACAGCAGAGUGUGCCUUACCUCAGAUGAUCAAGAUGAUCCCCUGAGCUCUUACAUCAAUGCCAACUACAUUAGGGGCUAUAGCGGAGAAGAGAAGGUGUACAUUGCUACUCAGGGACCCAUAGUUAAUACUGUUAGUGAUUUCUGGAGGAUGGUGUGGCAGGAAUAUUCUCCAAUUAUUGUCAUGAUUACCAAUAUAGAAGAGAUGAAUGAGAAAUGUACUGAAUAUUGGCCAGAGGAACAGGUUACCUAUGAAGGAAUUGAAAUCACAGUUAACCAAGUCAUACAAGCAGAUGAUUACCGGUUAAGGCUUAUUACCCUCAAGAAAGAUGAAGAAAUAAGAAAUCUGAAGCACUACUGGUAUACAUCUUGGCCAGAUCAGAAGACGCCAGAUCAAGCACCUCCCCUGUUGCAACUGGUUCAAGAAGUGGAGGAGGCCAUACAGUGCACAGAAGCAAGGAGUGGUCCUAUCAUAGUUCACUGCAGGCGUCUGGUGCUUCAGUGUCUGAGUGGAAGUUCAUGGGGAAGCAUGAUAUGGCAACUCUGUACCAUUUGCACAUGGGCUCUCCUGAUAUUUGAGUACAACCAGAUUGCUGUCUGUUGUGCAAAAGGAAUGGGGAACCAGGUGCAGGGAUUGGGAGGACUGGUUGUUUCAUUGCUACCAGCAUUUGCUGCAAACAGUGGAAAAAUGAAGGUGUGGUUGACAUACUCAGAACAACUUGCCAACUACGACUAGACAGGGGUGGAAUGAUCCAAACAUGUGAACAAUAUCAGUUUGUCCACCAUGUCAUGAGCUUGUAUGAAAAGCAGUUUUCUAGAGCAUCAGCAGAAGAAUAAGGAUUCAGGACCAUUUGUUGUAACAAAAAUCAACAGAACUCUGACCAGAAUCGUAUGUAUUCCAGAGAUGACAAGAAACACUUGGAAAUUUCAAAAGUAGAAGAUAUUUAUUUAUACAUAUAUAAAUAUAUAUAGUUUUACUUUCCUAUUGCUUUAUUUUGCAUUUAAGAGCUAAGAUACUGCUUUUCUUCAACAUGUGACAGAACAUUGUUGUCUUCACCCCCAAAAGGCCUAUUUAUACUGUAAAUAAGAUCAGUAGCUCCAUUUGUUACAAAAUUUAAAACUUCAUUGUCAGAUUUGCUAUUUAAAAUGGCAAAAUUGCUACUAGAUCCAAGUACAGUGUGAAACUCUUUAAUAAAUGUCUUGCUAAAGUC